AUGCCAUCCCCAAAGCGUGCCUACUCGCAGCUUUUGAGCCAAUUACCCACUUACCAGGCGCCCCUGGAGAUCCUGCGCGAGAUGGUCUAUUUGGUUCACGAAUCCAAGGCAAAAGGGAAAGCUUCUCAGGGUUACGCUAAUAGGCAGACAAACCCGAAAAGAUUGUCACUUGAUCUUUUGCGAGUGAAGGUCAAGCAGGAUUCUAAGCGGGAAGGUAUCUAUAUCUUUCCUAUUUUCCACAAAGCAGCCAAGAGGAUCUCGUCUUAUGACGGAACCAAGGUCCGAGGUGGAAUCCCAAAGCAAGGCAAGGCCUCUGAAGUCCGACCCCCCAUCUACGGCCACCACCCUUAUUGGGACCCGGUCUCGAGUCCUAAGACUAUGAUCAAGGGUGCAAAUCUUGUCAAACCCGUAAUUAACACCGCGGCCCCUGGUGAAAAACCCAGACCCCAAGCUCCCAAAUUCAUCAACACUGCUGUAGAUUACCAAGAAAUGUCAAAUGCCGCUGAGAUUGCUAGCCCAAGCCCUUCUUUUUCAGAAAUCAUGAAUCCCCAGUCGCCACCCAUUUUACAGGACUUCACCAAGUACUUUAGCAGCGCCCCAGCUGGACCUCCAGUCGCAGCUGGGCAAGGUCAAUGUGCUUCGCCUGAAAACCUCGAUAUCGAGUUAUUCAGUGAAGAUGCCACUGAAUAUCCUGGCUCCCCAUUCAUGGAACAGCCUCGAUUCGACUCCUCUGCUCUCUGCGCCCUUUACGCACUCUCUGAACCCAGCCCAGCAAAGUCCUCGACGCCCACUCAGACCUCUGGAGUUCCUUCUUGGUCCCAAUUGGCUCAGUCGCCUCGUCCUGGCACCCAACGUCAUGACGGAGAUAGCGGCCAAAAACUCGGCCACCAUGAUCGAAGCGAGUUUGGUGAUGAACAAGACGGCUCAGGGUCUAGCCACAACUAUCCCGGAGACGACAGUUAUGGUCCUGAUGACGAGAUUACCCAAGAAGGCAAUGACGACGAAGACCAAGAUGAUGAUAAAGGAAGUCAGCGAUCGUCACCUUCUUCAGUAUCGGGUUUUAAUCUGGCCCAGACGAUUUGUGCAGCUCAUGUAGCCGCCUGCGCCGCCUCUGCCGCUGCCGCGGCAAACUUUGCAACGGCCUCGGCCCAAUCUGCAUCUUCUGCGGCGUCAUCAGCCCUGGCUUUUGAACUUUCAACCAAAGUAACCAGAUCGAACAGAAAGAGGAAGAUGCCUAGUCCAUAUGCGCAGACCCAGCAGACAUCUACUUCGAUGAGCCCGAGGAAUUCGCCCAGUCUUUCUAUCCGAGUCCAAGCAUCACCUGUGGCGAGCCUCAAACAUUUACCCAACCGACUUGUCCAAGAUAUUGGAGGGCAGCUGCGCGCAGGAUUCUCUAGUCCGAGUUCCUGCGUCGAUUUGUUGGAACUAAUGCACAGGAACGGCCUAUUGGGCAAUAAUAUGUUUGACACGCUCUAUGAAAGAGUGGCCAGUGACCUGAAAGUUCACGAUCAUCCUGAUAACGAUGAGCAAGAACGACGACUACGCGAGAUCAAUGGACAACGUUUCCUUGAAACGGGCGGUACUGCCAAGGAAUUGGCUGCCAUUAACGAGCGACAGGCUCUCCGUGAGCGCCGUCGACGAAGCGAUUAUUCUUCAGUGAGUGCAAGUCGGCCAAUGGACCCAGGUUUGAGGACUCCAACCCCCACAACGGCUGCAAAUCAACACUCUGCAACUCAUCUCAGCACUCCUACCCUUGCUUCUGCUCCCUUCAACCAGCCAACUGCAUCCGACAGCAGCACGCCUGCUUGCAAUCCAAUUCCUUUGAAUAGACCAACGGAUCCUCGUUCGAGACCUCAUUCUUCCGCCCCAUUGAAGAAGCCAACUGUACCUCAUAUUUUCGGUAGCAGGUCUUCAUCCAGUUCAAAGCAACAAACUGUAUCGCACAUCAACAGCCCUUUCCUGGCCGCUUUAAGCCAACAACAACCAUCUCACGCGAGCAUCUCUACAUUGGUUUCAUCAGGCCAGCCGACAACAUGUCAAGUCAGUGCCUCUCUUCCAACUAACUUGGGCCAGUCAACUACACCCCACAUUUUUGGCAGGAAUUCUUCGUUGGAUCAAGUGUCCUUGCACCAAUACACCUGGCCAGCACCCAUAUCUACCGCACCAACUUCAUCAACCCCUCUCUCUCUACAUCGCCCGCAACCGGACAUUCACAGCCGUAUGGACAGCAACAGUAGAGAUGACCAAGAGUCUAGGCAAUUCAGACCUUAUCCGAACGUGAAUGUUGUCUACAAUGAGGUUGGCCCUGUCGAGAGCUUUCAUCAGCCCACAUCUAUCUCUUUCACUCCGUCUCUUCCAAGUGCGUCCUUUUUCAGUGCUUCAUUGAGAGCUACUGCACAGAAGUCUAGCGUCGCCUCGCGUGGAGCGACGCGGCCGGCACCUCAACUGCAACCCCAGCCGCGCAGUUUAAGAGCUGAUCAGGGUAAUGACGAUCAAGGACAAGGGGUAUCGGAAGCACAGACUCCGUAUGUUGUUGAGGAGCCCAGAGCUCCUAGUUCUCUCCGGAGUGAAUGA